UCGUGAAAUUGAAAUCAAAGGGCAAAGGUUUUCCUUUUUUGUUUUUUUAAUUUUAAAAGAUGAAAAAUGAAAAGAAAAAGGAAAUGUACCCUACGGUUUCUCGCACUUUUGUUCACUCCCCACCCCCACCUUCGCCACAGCGCAUACCGCCGCUAACCCACCGGGAAUUUUCUUUCUUCUCCCUCGCUCUCCAGCGCCACCCACACCAACCUUACAUUUUGUUGCACACUGCCACGCCCACCUUUGAUUUCUAAGGGUUAGUGAGCUCGUUCUUUUGCUAAUGGCGUCCAAACUUCUUAUUCGUACGGGAAAUUCUUUCAUGAAUCGAUUACGAUUAAGCUCAGCGCAUCAGAAUAACAGGAUUUGGGGUAGCCAAGCUCUGUCCCAUGGCCAUGGCGUUGAAGUCACUCCGAUGCUUUUUCCUUCAGUCUCUAAGCACCAGAUUGCUCAUCCUUUGCAGCAGAAUGACACCGAAUCGUUGAGGCAGCUCCAAUCGGAAGGCAUUUUCUUUCCUUUUGGGCUUCCGUCGCUCCGGUUCUUUCUGCCUGACGGAGAUGCUUCUUCAACACAAGAACCGAUGCUCUUAUUUCCUAAAAGGACAUUUCAACCUAGCACCAUCAGGCGAAAAAGGAAUCAUGGUUUUUUUGCUCGCAAAGCAACCAAGGGAGGACGGAAAGUUAUUGCUCGAAGGAUUGCAAAGGGGCGCUCAAGAAUAACUGCAUAAUAUUCAUCUCAAGUCAUGUCCAUUUAAAUUGCCCUGCCAAUAUCUGGUUGUGUUAGUUUUUUAAAAUUUAAAAUUAACUCAAUAGAAUGGUAUCACUGGCUGAAUAAUCCCCCCUUUGUCGGUUUUCUUCUUAGGCCUCGGAAUACAGUCUGUAUAACCUUCCAUAUUGAAGUUUCAGUUACUCUUCAUUUUUAUUUCUUUCUUAACUCAGCUAGAGAAUAGUUUACUUUUGGUUCAUGGUUGCUGUUGAUGCUGGCUCCUGAGCAAAUAAACAUAACCCAAGUCUGUGAAUGUUGCGAAAAAGGAAGAGGAUGUGAUUUUUUAAGUCA